AUGUCACGAGCCACGUUCCCUCGUCGUCUGCAGCAGCAGCAGCAGCAACAGCAGCAGCAGCAGCAGCAGCAGCAGCAGCAGCGGGAGGAAGAGCAGCAGCAGCAGAGAGAGAGCGGCAGCAGCAGCAGCAGAAGUAGAAACAAAAGCCGCGAGAUUAAACCAAAUUAUAUAUUGAUUGCUACAUAUUCUGCUGCAGCAGCUGCUGCUGCUACUGCUUCUGCUGCUGCUGCUGCUGCUGCUGCUGCUGCUGCUGCUGCUGACCUGGCUAGAACAGUGUAG